AUGAAGACAGCAAAAGCAAUAACCCGACGGAAUACUCGGAGUGGCUGUCUGACCUGCAAGCAUGUCAAAUGCGAUGAGCAAAAGCCUGCUUGCUUACGCUGUGUCGGCACGAAGCGAAUAUGUGAGGGCUAUCUCAUUGUACCGCAAUCCGUCUCAUCCGAGAAUGAGCUUAGUGACACAGAACGCCGAGCAUUUGCAUUUUUUCGAUCGCGCACUGUUCACAGGGUGUUUGGCCAGCAGGAUGCAGGCGAUUGGAUUUCGGUAUUUCUUCAUUUUGGACAUAAUGAAGCAUCAGUGAAACAUGCCAUUACAGCGCUGGCCUCCUUGCACGAAAGUCUUGAGCCUAAUGAUGCGUCUACCUCGAUUCGAAAGCCUCCGAGCCAUGCCAGAAAGACCGCGGAAGUUUUGGCCCUCAAAUAUUACAUUGAAGCCAUUAAAUCUUUACAGUCUGAUUCUCUCAAUAUGUCUUCGAAACCUGAUCUCACGAUGAUCUUGUGCAUUAUUUUUAUCUGCUUUGAGCAAUUCAGAAGUGGUGAUGCUUCGUGUAUAGUUCAUUUGACUGCCGGACUCAAGUUAAUUUACUGGUGGAGAUCAUAUACCAACGCCUACACCAAGCUGAAAGAAUAUUCUCGGCCAAUUUUGGAGCUGAUGAACGAGAAGAUUACGCCUGUCUUGCAACGUCUGCGCGUCCAAUUUUCCUUGUGCAUGGACUCCCGUCACGCCCUCAGCAAUACUGGCAUCGAAUUAUGUCUGCCUGCUCCGGCUAUCCCAUCAUCAUAUACGUCGUUGGACGUUGCUCGAAGGGAUUUUGACCGUGGCAUGGACUAUGCUUUCUCCGUGCUUGAGAAAAAGCAGGUCACAAACUGCCAGCAGCCCAACAUGAGUCCAAUGACAAUUUUACGACGCUGGAAAGAUGCACUGGAUGCUUCUGAUUUUGUAACAGAGCCUGCUGAGCUUCGGGACUGCAUACGCAAGCUUCUAGAGCUUUACUACCAUACCUCGGUCAUAAUUACUGGGACGUAUUAUACAGCAGAAGAGACAACCUUUGACGACUAUCACGAAACAUUUCAAUUUAUUGUCACCCUCACCGAAGAGAUCCUCGAGAUCUGGAAAGUGACCUCUCAACAAUUCAGUCUCAUGUUCAGCUUUGAUCUUGGGAUCACACCGCCAAUGUUCCUUGUUGCGUCACGUUGCCGUGAUUCUCAAAUUAGACGGAAAGCCAUCCACUUGAUGUUCCAAUCAACUUUAUAUCGCGGUAUUUGGCGUGAUCAAUACUCCGGGCUUUGUGCUCAGCGCAUCGUGGAGCUUGAAGAACAGGGAUUGAAGAGAAUUGGAGAAUCUGUAUACGUCCCAGAGCAACGACGUAUCAGGAAAAUAUCUGCUGAUAUCCAAGAGGAGAAAGGUCAAAUUGUGAUGCACUUUGUCCGAUGGCCUUACAUACCAAAAGCGGAAAUAAUGUCCACUUUCAUCCCACUGAGGACCAUAAAUACUUGA